CGCACUCCUAUUUUCCCAAUCAUGAAACCACGUAAACCACCAGCCAAACCUGACUGGCGUUUUGUCCAAGAUCUCCAAGCUGUCAAUAAAGCAGUUAUUUCACGGGCCCCUAUGAUGCCCAACCCCCACACCAUCGUGUCGCAGAUUCCUCCUACUGCUACACAUUUCUCCGUGAUAGAUCUGGCAAAUGCUUUUACGUCUGUUCCUGUUCAUCCAGACAGCCAAUUCUGGUUCGCUUUUGAGUUCAAUGGGAAACCAUACACUUGGACCCGGCUUCCCCAGGGGUACUGUGAGUCCCCCACAAUCUACAAUGAGGUACUAAGAGAUUCUCUUUCUUCUUUGCAGCUUCCACAGGGCGUAGUUUUAUUAACUUACGUUGAUGACCUUCUGCUCUGCUGUCCUUCUGCCUCCUUGUGUGAGGAGGCCACACUGGCCCUCCUCCUCCAUCUUCAUUCUGAGGGUCAUAAAGCCAGUCUGCGUAAACUACAGUUCUGCCAGCCUCAAGUCAUCUUUCUAGGGCAUCACAUUUCUGCCACCACCAAGGCCCUGACCCCUAAACGGAUUGAGGCCAUUCAGAAAGCACCAAAACCUGUUACCAAGAAACAGCUGAUGUCAUUUCUAGGUAUGGUAGGGUUUUGUCGGGCCUUUAUUCCACAUUUUUCUGAACUUGAGGCCCCCCUGACUUCCUGUAUACAUGGUAAGAAUCUAUCUGCUCAUGACCAUUUCUUCUGGACCCCGGAGGCUGAGCAGGCUUUCCUGUCUGUGAAACAAGCGCUGUGUUCUGCUCCAGCCCUGGCUCUGCCAGACCCAGCCAAACCUUUCUUUCAGUUUGUUGAUGAAAAACAUGGUUUCAUGUCUUCUGUUCUCCUUCAACAGCACGGCUCUCACAAGCGCCCGGUGGCCUAUUACUCUUCCAAGCUCGACUCUGUUGCUGCGGGGCUUCCUGGCUGUCUGAGAGCUGUGGCUGCAUGUGAGAAGGCUGUACUUGCAUCACGUGACAUUGUGGGAUACAGUGAGCUAACUGUUUUUGUUCCUCAUUCUGUAUCCAUCAUUUUGCUCGAACAAAAGACUUCUCAUCUGUCUGCAGCUAGAUGGCUGAGAUACACCACAGUUCUUCUCGAUAUGCCUAACAUCACUAUGAAACGGUGUACAUCACUUAACCCUGCCACUCUUCUUCCUACCGCAGAAGAUGGUGUUCAUCACUGUUGUGAGACUGUUCUGUCUGAAAUCUGCACUCCGAGACCAGAUUUAUCUGAUGAGCCUCUUCUUAACUCUGAUCUCAUUCUUUUUUGUGAUGGCUCCUCCUUCAGAGACCAUUCUGGUAAGAACAGAGUGGGUUUUGCUGUCUGUGAUGAGCAUCAAGUUCUCCUCUCUGGCUCCCUCCCUUCACAAUUCUCUGCUCAGACAGCUGAACUUGUUGCUCUCACUGAGGCCUGUAAAUUCGCACAAGGUAAGUCCCUGACUGUGUAUACCGAUUCGCGUUACGCCUUUGGUGUAGUUCAUGACUUUGGUGCGUUGUGGCGUCACCGUAAUUUUUUGAAAUCUGAUGGUAAGCCUAUUUUGAACUCCACACAGGUUGCGGCUCUCCUUGACGCUAUUCUUCUUCCUUCAGAUGUCGCUGUAGUGAAAUGUCAAGCUCACACUAAUGACACUUCCUCUGUUGCCCGUGGCAACGCCUUGGCCGACCAGACUGCUAAGCAGGCAGCUCUGUCAGCCUCGCCGCACAUUCUCACCUCUUCUCCUCUCACAGAAGAGGAUCACUCUCCUCCCUGUUCUCUGCAGGACAUCCAGUCUUUUUCUACUCCAGAGGAACGCUCUGUCUGGAAGGCUAACUCCUGCACCCCUGAUUCUGCAGGCUAUAACACCGCCCGCCCUCUUGCCUGCCCUCCAGCUGGUCAUACACCACCUAAUCAGCCUUUUGAUCAUUUGAUGAUGGAUUUCAUUGAGUUAACACCUGCAGAAGGUAAGAAAUAUUGUCUAGUUAUGGUAGACAUGUGGUCAAAGUGGGUUGAAGCUUUUCCAGCAAAGCAUGCCACAAGUUCAGUCGUGGCUAAGGCUCUGGUGACCGAAAUCAUUCCAAGAUGGGGGAUUCCAGUUAAGGUCUCAUCUGACAAUGGUUCACACUUUGUAAAUGCGGCCCUGAAAGAGGUAAGUGGACUAUUGGGGUUCCAGCUUAAGACUCAUUGUGCUUAUCACCCGCAAUCAGGCGGAGCAAUUGAAAGAGAGAACGCCACUUUAAAAGGUAAGUUGGCUAAAUGUUGUGAAGAAACAGGACUGUCUUGGCCAAAAGCCCUCCCACUCAUUCUUAUGCACAUGAGAAUGAGGAAACGUGCCCGGACAAAUCUUAGUCCAUUUGAGAUUCUGUUUGGCAGACCUCCCUACACUGGUCUGGAUCCUCCAGGACUCUCCGUGUCUACCACAUACUGUGAAAGUAACAUGCUUGCUUAUUGUCAAAAUCUGUCCAAAGUUCUCUCACAGGUGCAGAGUGUGGUGAAAGAGGCCCUGCCACGCCCAGCAUCAGAUCUGCUUCACUCCUUGGUUCCGGGAGAUUGGAUCUUGGUUCGAGAGACGAGGAGAAAGCACUGGCGGUCUAAAAGGUGGCUGGGUCCCUUCCAGGUCCUGUUGGUCACUCAUACAGCCGUGAAGGUCGCUGAAAGGUCCACGUGGAUUCACGCGUCCCACUGUAGAAGGUUUCAAAGUACCCCAACUCCAGCUGACCUCUCAACCACAGGGCAGAAUAAUCCCUGAGGCCAGCCCCGUGCGAGAUGGUCCAUUCUCCACGGGACAACAUGAAGUACACCCAGACUGCCGUGAGGGGAUGGUCGUGCGUCAUCCUCUUCAUCCUUAUCACCUCCCUCCUCUGGUACCUGGAUCCAACCGGACCUCACCUGACACAACGCACCCCAGCUUCGUCCCAACCUGCCAGAUGACUGCAGGGGACAGAA